AUGGCAAAUUCCCUUCCUAUGUCGACGAGUCAGCUCGUCGAUCGUGAAAGCGAUUGCAUCUACAUAGGACUCGAAUGGAGGAUCGGGGACGUGAACCGAUCGCCUAAUCGCACAUUCCAAGCUUCCGAAGAUCGCCUUUCGGAAGUUAUCUGGUUGCCGCCUAUGGAGAUAGUCCUCAGCUACGGCGGUAACGUGCAGUUCGACGGGAAACAGUGGAGGUGA